UCUCUCUCUCUGUCCGCCGGAAUGGCAACGGCGGCAGCGGCGGCGGUGCGGCGCAGCCUCGGCGCCGCAGGCCCGGACCUCUCCGUCGCCCACCUCUGCUGCCCCUCGACCCCCACCACCUACAACGCAGCCCACCUCCCACCCACGCCUGCCACCCUCCUCGCGCUCCUCCGCCGCGCGCCAGCCUCGCAUCCCCACGCCGCCGCGCACGUGCACGCCUGCCUCCUCAAGACGGCCUACUUCCGCCCGGGGGGCUGCACCGUCCCCAACUCGCUGCUCGCCUCCUACGCAACGUCCGGCGACUCCCUUGCCGCGGCGAAGCUGUUCGACGAAAUGCCCCUCCGGGACGUCGCGUCCUGGACCUCCAUGAUGCGGGCGCACCUCGCGGGGGGCUCGGCUUCCCAGGCCCUGUGCAUGUUCAGGGACAUGUUAACUGCCGGUGGCAGCGUGCCUGAGCCGGACGGGGUCGUCCUUGUCGUCGCCCUCCGUGCGUGCGCCGAGCUCGAGGACCUGGCACUUGGAGCCUCCCUGCACGCUGUCACGGAGCGCCGUGGGCUGCGGGGCGCCGAUGUCUUCAUCGACAACUCGCUCGUCGACAUGUACGCAAGGUGCCUCGACCUAUGGUCCGCCAGGAAGGUGUUUGACACGAUCCCGUGCAGGAACGUGGUGUCCUGGAACACCAUGCUCUCUGGACUCGCGCGCGCCGGCCGCGCGGCCGACGCGCUGGACCUUCUCGCCUCCUUGUCAUUGCUGAAAGAGGGUGACAUCGGCUUCGACGAGACGACGCUGGUGGUGCUGCUUCAGCUGUGCAAGAGGCUUGAGGGCGGCCAGGCCAUGUGGUGCCGGUCUGUCCAUGCCGUGGCCAUCAGGAGGGGGCUCCUAUUGUCCUCGACAGGCUUGCCUCUGUUGAACGCCCUGCUGGAUGCCUACGCCAAGUGCGGCCUGCUCGAGCACACGCUCAGGCUGUUCCGUGGCAUGCCCGAGAGGAACAUUGUCACGUGGAGCACCGUCAUUGCUGGAUGCACCUACAACGGCCGACCGGGCGAUGCGAUCGCGUGCGCCGUCGCAAUGAGGGAGGCUGGGGAAAUUCCCAACUCGGUCACCAUACUGAGCGUCCUCGAGGCAUGCGCAGACUGUGCGGAGAUGGCAGCGUCGAGAUGCGCCCACGGCAUGGCGCUCAGGAGUGGGCUAGCCUUGGAGCGGGACGUCAGCAACGCUCUGGUGGACAUGUAUGGAAAAUGCGGCAACCUGGCUGCGGCGAUGAGGGUGUUCAAUGCGAUGCCUCGAAGGGACGUGCUCACCUGGAACUCCAUGAUCAGCGCGCUGGGGAUGAAUGGCCGCACACGUGAUGCCCUCGCCCUCGUCGACAGGAUGGAGCAGGAAGGGGACAUCACGCCGAAUGGUGUCACGAUGCUGGCCGUGCUGUCGGCAUGCGCGCACGGAGGUCUGGUGGAGGAGGGUGUGGCCUGCUUCGAGAGGAUGACGGCGACACACUCGGUUGAGCCACAGGUGGAGCACCUAUCGUGCAUCGUCGACAUGCUCGCACGUGCAGGGGACCUUGAGGGGGCCGCUAGGGUCAUUGAGGAGAGGAUAUCCACCACCAGCAGUCCAGCAGCCUGGAGCGCGCUGCUAAGCGCCUGCAGAGGCCACAGCAGCGACUCGAAGGUCGUCCGUAAUGCUGCCUGCCGUGUCCUGGAGUUGGAGCCGGGCAAUGCGGCGGGGUACCUGAUGUCGAUGGGCGUGCCCAGCGCUGGCGAGACGGCAGCCCGGUUGCGGCAGCUGAUGAGGGAGAGGGGAGUAGGGGUGACUGGCGGACACAGCAUGGUGCAGGUGGGGCGCGAUGCUCACAGCUUCAUGUCGUGGGACGGAUGCCACCCUGACAGAGCGCAGGUUUACUCCAUGCUACAUCUCCUGCAUCAACAGAUGCUGCCGCCUACUCCUCCACAUCCAAAUCACCAUCAUCUUACCUUAUUAUCAUGUACACCAGUGUCAUGAUUAAGGUUCGCCACCGGCUCCAUGAGAUACUGUGGAAUGGGUUCAAACUUUAUCACCGCGCUCAUUGACGGCCUCUGCUGCACGCACCGGAAUACCACCUUGCACAUCCUCUCCACCAGCCCUUUGCAACGUGAGUCAUGGCGGACCGUUGCCAUCAUGAGCUCCAUCAGCUUGCCGGCUUCAUACCUGGCCCACACGACAAUGGGGAACCAUUGCUGGCUGCUCUUCGGCAUGGCAUCGGCGUCUUGGUUACUACCAUGCUCGACGAUCUUCAGGAGGAGCAUGCCGAAGCUGUGGACAUCACACUUCCCGGUGAUGUGUAGCUCCAUCCAAACCUCCGGCGUGGCGUACCCGAAAGUGCCGCGUCCGUGGGACAGAGAUGCGUCUUGGCACGAUUGACAAGGCUUGCGAGGCCAAAGUUGGCCACCUUCGGCCUGAGGGUGCCGUCGAGGAGGUAUCUUGCUGUUGCUAACUUGAAUGGAUUUGUCAUUUUUGAAUAGCCUAACUUGUUCUUCCUCCGAAAGGAUGGAUGAGUAAUAGAAAUAUCGUGAGUGUCAUUACCGGUGGCAACCGGUUGGUCUGCGUUUUUGGCAAGAGAAUAGCAGUGUUGUUCCUGUCAUCUUCUGGUUUACUUUAUGCUACCUAUUGCAUGAUAUUAGAUUAUGAUUAGACUUUAAACAUCA